CUUGGAGCAGAGAGUCCUGUCCGAGGAGCUGAGAGCAUGGCCGACUUCCUGGUGGUUGUUGCUGUGCUUAUUGGGAUCGCCUACAUUUACCAUCACGUCGUGGUGAAAGGACAGAGGUGCACGAGCAGAGCCAAGCUGCACGGAAAAACCGUGAUUGUGACCGGCAGCAACACCGGUAUCGGGAAGAUGACAGCCAUCGAUCUGGCUCGAAGAGGCGCGCGAGUGAUUAUGGCCUGUCGCAGUAAACAGAAAGGGGAAGUCGCCGUCCUGGAAGUCAAAAUGGAGAGCCGCAGCGAGAACGUGACGUUCAUGCAGCUCGAUCUGGCAAGUCUCAAGUCUGUUCGCAGCUUUGCCGAAAUCUUCCUCAAGACCGAACCCAGACUGGACGUCCUGAUCAACAACGCAGGCGUGUACAUGCAGGGACAGACAGAGGACGGGCUGGGGCUGAUGUUUGGAGUAAACCACAUCGGUCACUUCCUCUUAACGCACUUGCUGCUGGACCGCCUGAAGGAGUGCGGGCCGAGCCGUGUGGUCAACGUGUCCUCCUCAGUGCACAACUGCGGAAACAUAGACUUUGACUGCCUGAACACUCACAAAGCUCUGAGACUGGGAACAUCCUUCUGGAGUGUCAUGAAGAUUUACUCUGACAGCAAGCUGUGCAACGUGCUCUUCACACACGAACUGGCCAGGAGACUGCAAGGAACCAAGGUCACCUGCUACUCUCUCCAUCCAGGAGUCAUCAGGUCUGAGCUGGCCCGGAACCUCAGCUCGGUGUUAGUGGCCGUUUUAAAGCCCGUCACCACGUUCUUCUUCAAAAGCACAGAGCAGGGGGCUCAGACCACGCUGCACUGCGCUCUGCAGGAGGGACUCGAACCGCUGAGUGGACGUUACUUCUCCAACUGCACCGUGAGGAAUCUCUCCGCCAAAGCCACCGAUGACGGCACUUCCAAGAAGCUGUGGGAGCUCAGCGAGCGGUUGUGCGUGUUACCACAUGAACCCACUGCAGCCUUCGUGACUCACUGGAACCGCAUGAAGUUCCUGCAAACUUUCAAAAGAAAGUGUCUCCAUGACAAGGACCCCAGUGGCUGGAGAAGACCGCUGACACUCUCACGUUUUACCUGGCUGCAGCAGACAGACGGUCACUUUAUAGAGGUGGGGGUGUACUGGGUGUCUGUCUGGUUGGUUGCCAUCCAGGAUCCAAGGGGUUCUGUAGUAUGGUGGGUGUGGCAAAGCGCAGCACCAAAAUUUUUCUAAUGGCUACGGUGUGGGUCCAAACUCCAGAAUCUCUUCAUUUCAUCACAGAAACAUCAUCUUGCACCCACUAUGAAUCCUCUGGAUGAUGAUCUGCUCUGUCCACACAUGGACUCAGACGUUACAGACUUUGUACGUAGGACCUGGCGGGGAAAACCUGUUUAAUGUCCGAUCCAUCUGAUUUGGACAUUUGUGUUUUCGUGGACAACUCCUACGGAUUAAAGUCUUGACAAAUUCACAGCUGCAUGUAUUUGGUUUCAUAAUUGUCUUAAAGUUUGACAUCUCAUGGCUGAUGGACAAAAAAAAAAAAACUAAAUCAAAACAAAAACUAGAGAUCUCCAG